AUGGCUUCUUCCGACACUUUGACAGAAACCCUUCAUACUGUGACUGGAAUCAAGAUACCCGAGCUUAGGAGGCAAAAGCAAGAAUAUGAGCGCGCCAAGCAGUCAUUGUUAGAAAAAGCCCAGAGGGAAGCAGAUAGCAGGACUCGCGUCCAGUUGCUGCUCGACGGAUCCGAAGAGCUUCCUGGCAUAAAGCACUUGAGGAGUCACCCCCUCUUCAACAUUGGCCGUCUAUGGUUCUUUGUUGAGCAGGCAAGAUUCGAUCCCUCCAUUUCUGAGCAGGUCUUAGCCGAUUACGAAAACACCAUCCGAAGCCAGCUCGAUGCCGAGACAGCAAAGUACGACUUUACUGAGCUUUACGGGGAGUUGGUGAAGGAGUGGACAUCCUCCAACAAUGCAAAUGCGACAGACUCUGAGAGCGGGUUCGCUGCCCUCGGACAUGAGGAUAUGCAUCAGCAGCGCGCCACCUUAGAGGAGUAUGUAUUCAACGCCAAGGAAACAGACACCACCGCAAUAAACGCGUAUCUUGAUGAGAUCUUUGCCAACAAUCCUUCCAAGGAGGUGAUGGGUGCGUUCGAGAGACUCCGAAGCCAGAUCAAGGAUUUCCAAACGAACUGGGAGAGGACAUCACACUUCGAAACGGAGGUAGUCACCGGAUGCAUCCAAAGUAUUCUGGAUCACGGCGUCAUUUCAGACUCAAAACAGUCAGCGCUACGUGGCUUUCUAGAGGAUAAGAUUGUUCUCUCUGAGAUAAAAGACGCCAUGAACAUACGAAUGGCCGCACGCAAUUCAUUCGCGCUGGACGGCCCGACGAUCAUUGAGCAGCGGCGGCAGCUUAACGGCCGGUGCCGUUUCUAUCCUGACGAAGACCUCCUGCAGAUGAUCUUCCUCCAGUAUAUCGGCGCGAAAUGGGCGAUUGAACUCAAGCGAGCUCUUACCGAGUUCAUAUUCGCCGAUGGUGUUUUGAAGUCCCCCUCAGGGAAACUGAGCAAGCAAGCUCUUCGACGCCGUCAGUUUUUCUUGGGCAACGCUGCGCUCCCAGGUGGUAGCGUCGAGGACCAAAACGACGACAUUUGGAGAGAUGAUAUCUUUCUCGAUCAGCUCCCGGUCGGAGCUGGAUAUCAUUGGAUGGACGAUGAAGACAAGCCCGAAUAUGGCUAUGAGGAAGCGCAACGCUCUCAGAAUACUCGCAAUGCUCAGGAACUUCUCCAUCGGAUCCAAGCCCAUCUAAUCGUGCGGAGGAAAUUGAAGAUGGACACAGCGGUAAUUCGAUCUGAUUUUAAGUGGCUUGGUUCCUCGCUUCCUCAUAACUCGAUCUUUACUGUCCUGAGAUACUUCGGUGUUCAAGAGGAGUGGAUUGACCUGUUCAAGAAAGUUCUAGAGGCUCCUAUCACUUUCAAGGAUGACGCGCCAGGUUCAGCGCCCCGCGUCCGGAAGCGUGGUAACCCCAUUGGCACCCGUCUGGCGACGUUCUUUAGCGAAGCGGUUCUCUUUUGUGUAGAGUUCGCUGUAAACCAGAAAACUGGCGGUGCUAAGCUGUGGCGUUUGCAGGAUGAUUUCUGGCUCUGGGGCGAUACUGAAGUUUGCUCCAAGGGCUGGGACACCCUGACGAACUUCUCUCAUGUCAUGGGCUUGGAAUUUGACGAAGACAAAACGGGAUCAUGCCAGAUCCUCGCGGCCGGAUCCCAUGAGCAAGCUACCGCCAACGCCAAUCUUCCCAGUCGCGACCUGGUUUGGGGUCUGAUUAGACUGGAUGCUGCUUCUGGAGAGUUCGUGGUUAACCAAGCAAAGGUGGAUGUAUACAUCGAAGCACUCGACCGUCGGCUCAAAGCGUCCAACAGCAUCUUCGAUUUCGUCCUGGCCUGGAACCUUUACGGCUGCCGCUUCUUCCUGCAAAAUCGCCGCUGGAUUGACGUAAGCACUACUCGCCAACAGCUUCAUGAGUUGCUCGAAACUCUUCGACGUAUCCAGUCCCGCGUGUUCCGACCUUCCAAUGGGAGCGUCGAGCAACACUUGAAGCAGAUGAUUCAAGAUCGGUUUGGAGUUUCAGACAUCCCUGAUGGCUGCCUCUACUAUCCGCCAAUGCUGGGUGGGUUGGGGCUGGAAAACCCCUUCAUCUAUCACAAUCUGUUCAUCCACUCGGCGGCCAAGAGCUCCGAGAAAUUCCUGGAGAAUUUCUUCCAGGACGAAGAGAAGGAAUAUCGUUGGCGAAAGCAGAUUUUCGAGGAUCUAGGCAUGAGCAACGAGAGUUCUAGCCAGAUCGUCGAUUUAGACGUCUCGGGAGAUAACCCUGAGCAGAACCAGACUCGCCGCGCUGCUGGAGGCUUUCCAGAACCGACUGGGGAUUGGGCCGACCUCCGAGAUGAACCAUUCAUGAGUUUCGAAGAGUUCAUCCAGCAUCGGGAAGUGACAAGCUUGGCUCUUGGGAUGGAAUAUUCAUGGUUAUUUUCAGAGCACGCAGAGCCGGAAAUUAGGAUAGUAAAGGACCUUAACAUGGGCAUUGAGUACAGUUCGCAAGCAGAAGCUCGUACACGAUGGAACAACUACGAGAGAUGGGUCAUUCAGCUGUAUGCGAAGGAUAUGGAGGCGCGCUUUGGCGGUCUCUUCGCGAUCAAGAAGGGAUUACUGCCAGCUGGUCUGAUAAAAAUGUUGCUCGAGAGCCGGCUCACGUGGAAAAACUAG